AUGCUCCAAAAGAAGCAACACUAAAAAACAUAAUCAACAGAAUUGUCUAGUCAAGCACUAAUGAAUUAUUUAUCAACUCGAGAAGCUCUAAAUGCUCGAAAGUCUAAUUCUCCAACAUUUUAAUUGGAGUAAAAAGUAUAAAUUUGUGUACACAAAGAAGAAAUCAAUUGGCCCACAACAAAGUCCUUUGCUGAAAUCUAAUAAUUCUUAACCAAACUUAAAAACAUCAUAAUAGUAGUAACGAAAUAUAUAAUAUAGGCAAAACUCAAGAAAAAUAUAACAAUAAAAUGUGCUUAAAUCGAGAGGGUUCAUGUCACCUAAAAUAAUUAGUUAAGAAAGGAAUGAUUAGAAAAUAUAGGUGAAAAGCAAUGGAAAUCACAUGAAAACACAACCACAUUCGCAUCAAAAUUCAUAAUCAAAAAUCAAAUCAAUAGAAAAUGUAUUGGAUGAAUUUACAAUCACAUGUACUUAGAUAUAUUAUCAUUACUCAAAGCUCCUAAGCAACUAUUAUAAUAAGACAUUUUAAAAACAUUACCUUUUUCUGCAUCCACCAGGGCAGAUCAAAAUUUGAAAUAAAAAGCAUAAUAAGCAAUCCAGGAUAUAAAAUAGAAAUAAUCAUUGGAUUUAUUAUCUAGAUUGAAUAUUUAAAAGACUUUAGCAAUCUAAAGUGCCAAAAAUUAAUCUUAAUAAAUACCAACCUUAGGGCAAUUAGAAGCCCAAUUAAAAGUUCAUUAGAAAUCUAAUAGUGCCUAAUUCAUUGAAACAUAAAAAUUUUAAACCCAUGCUAGUUCUUAACCUCUGAUUGAAUUCACACCAGAUAAAAAAAAACCAACGACUACUAGGUAAUAAAUUAAUUAACUUAGAAAAUGUUAAUAAGAUUUAAUGGCAAUAAUUAUUUAGUAUAAGUCAUUUAAAUAAAAAAUGACUAUUGAUAUCUCGACCAACAAAAUAUCUUGGCUUUUGGACACAAUUAAAUAAGAAAUGAUGAGUCAUUUUGGAAAUACAUGUUAACCUAUAAUUGGAAUUAAAACCACUAAUAUUUCUAUUCCUGUUGAUUAUAUUCUAUCAAAGAUUGAAAGGCCUUUGUCUUUAUUAUCGAAUUGUCCAGUAUAACCAUUGAUUAUCGAACCUAUGAUUAAUGUGGAAUAGGAAAUGAAAUAAUCUCGAGUUAGUUUGAAAGAUUUCGAAUUUAUUCGAUGUAUAGGAGUUGGAGGAUUCUCUAAAGUUUAUUUAGUAAGAGAAAAGAAGACUGGCUAAUUUUAUGCAAUGAAAUUGAUUGAGAAAAAGCCUAUCCUAUAGCAAAACAAAUAGAACAUAAUUCAAAACGAGAGAGAUAUCAUGUAUAAUUUAAAUCAUCCCUUUAUUGUUAAAAUGCAAUAUGCAUUUGAAUCUAGAAAAUACUUGGUUUUUGUAUUAGAAUAUUGUUCAGGAGGAGAAUUAUUUUAUCUCCUAAGAAAAGUAUUAUUUUAAAUUAAAGUUAGGUUAAAAGAAUGAGUGAAGAAGAAGCCUUUUUUUAUUUUGCAGAAAUCUGUUUGGGAAUGAAGAACUUACAUGAUAAUAAUAUUAUUUAUAGAGACAUCAAACCUGAAAACAUUUUAAUUGAUUUUGAUGGACAUGUUCGAAUAGCAGAUUUUGGUUUAUCAAAGCCUCAUAUGGAAAAUUAGGAGGUGGCGUAUUCAUUUUGUGGAUCUCCUGAGUAUAUGGCCCCUGAAAUGUUAUUAAAAUAAGGUCACACCUUUUAAUUGGAUCUCUAUUGUCUAGGAGCUUUGUUAUAUGAAUUAAUAACUGGUUUACCACCUUUUUAUUCAAGGAAUACAGAUGAAAUCUAUUAGAAAAUCCUAAAUUAAAAAUUGAGUUUUCCACCUUAAUUAUAAAUGUCAUAACUCUUAAAAGAUUUGUUAAACAAUUUGUUAGCAAAGACUCCAAAAAAAAGAAUAGAUAAUAUUGACUCUCUUUUAAAGCACCCAUGGAUGACUUAAUGGAGUGAUAAAAAUCUAUAUAAAGAUUUUUUAAUGAAAAAGAUUGAUCCUCCAUUCAAACCAGAUUACUUUUCAUUCAAUUUCGAUGAGGAAGAAUUUGGGAAGGGAGAAAACGAAUUUCUUUUGCAAAUAAAACCAUUGCAAUUAAAUUUGUUAGAAAAUUUUCCAAAAGAAAUAUUCCUUAAGAAUUUUUAUUAUAAUCAAAAUGAAAACCAUUUUGCAGAAAGCACUGGUGGUACAAAUUUAAACUUGAAAUUGUAAGAGGAAUUAUUAUAGCAAGGAACAUAGAGACAAAAGUCUAAGAGACUAAAUACUUUUGAUGAUGAAAAUACAAAUUAUGUUAACGACUAAAAAGUCUUCAUAUUAAAUUAAUUAAGAUUAUAAACGGAGAAUGAAAUAAAAAGAAAAUCUGCAUUAUGA